UUUUUGGAAAAUAGCUCCGUCACAUGCAAACGAGUUUUUGAACCCAAUGCGGCGCAAACCAGCUGUACGGGAUUGCCUCCGAUCACUCAGUACACAGCUGGUUAUCGAUUUGUACAUUUCGAUUCGAACAUCACGAAUGUGAAUUCAACGGGACCAAAUGGGACUACAGAUUCCAAAGAUAUUCUGGCUUUUCUCAUUCCCAUCAAUUCAACGCAGUGUUUUGACACAAAUGAAGCAUCUCGUCCAUGCCCAACGUCUAACCCGGUUUUUGAUUCCGUGUCUAAAUUAUGUGCGAAUGUCGUAACAAAGGUCACAUUCAACUUCGCAGUUUCAUGCCAGGGGAUUGAACAUGUGAACGUCCAGGCAGUGGUAGCCGACGGUGUGACCGAGAGCUUUGAUCAGACAUUCAGUGUGCUUUUUACACAAAACCAGUCCUUUGCCACCACAUUCACAAAAUCAUUAGAAACGCCGGAGGCGCAUGUGAGCGGUUCGCCGGGCUAUAUACUGGGAGCACCGGUUCGUGCAGCAGUUCGAUUUUCCUCUUCGAUCUAUAUGAUGCCACCGAUUCGCGUAGUGCCUGGACCAAAACGUGAGCAAGCCACAGAAUGGACGCACGGAUGGUGGCCCGUAUUCGCCGGGGGUAGUUGUGAGAAGUCAGACGAUCCGCCAAGUCAAAUUGCCACUAUUCGCUUCGGAGUGGAUAUGCAAUCUAGUUGUUUGAUUCGCUACCGAAUGAAUGUGUCCGGAAAUGGACAGACAGCAGUCUGUCAGAAUUUACAAAAUAGUAUCAUCGCAUUUUUGGAUCACCCAACUGGCAAUCUCAACAGUCCCAUUCCAACCCACGUGAGCCGCUGGGGCAAUUCGACUGCGUGUAAUUUGGAUGAAUGGUUACCGAUCAAAGCUUUAAAUUCUUCUGUAACACCGCAGCCGUCACUGCAUGCUGGUCCCCGGUCGUGUCACAAUAUUGUAAUUGGACAAACAAUUUUGUUUAUCUACGCCAAACGUGGCCGAGUUUACAAACCCCAAAAUGAAAUAUUGGCUAUUUCCAAGGUGUAUCAUUUGGGGACCAUCAAAUUUAAGUGCGGUGGCCGUUUCUGCACGGCGAACAACUUGGAUCUGGAGCAGACCAUGCCGAUUCAGACAAUCGUUCGAUUUAAAGACAUCAGUUUACCACCGAACUGGCAACCAGAUCGUGCCCCUGUGGAUGAAGUGGAUCAAUUAACCGGUGACUUGUACUAUCCGUUCCAAGUUGAACGUAAGGCCAGUUGGAUGGUGUGA